AUGGUAGGCAGCCUCAUGUAUCUGACUGCUACCAUACCUAACUUGGCAUUUGUGGUGAGCUUAAUUAGUAGAUUUAUGGAAAGGCCAACUGAAAUGCAUCAACAAGUUGUUAAAAGGGUACUUCGUUACUUAAAAGGAACCAUCGAGUUGGGAAUUCUUUACAAGAAAAGAGGACAAGAAAUGUUGGUUGGCUACUCAGACAGUGAUUAUGCUGGAGAUAUUGAGGAUCGAAAAAGUACAUCAGGGUAUGUGUUCUUAAUUAGUUCAGGUGCAGUAGCUUGGUCCUCAAAGAAGCAGCCAGUAGUCACCCUCUCUACCACUGAAGCUGAAUUCAUAGUCGCUGCCUCUUGUGCUCGUCAAGCUGUAUGGAUGCGUAGGAUUCUUGAAAAACUUGGUUACAAUCAAAGUAAAUGUACAGAUAUUUUUUGUGACAACAGUUCUAUAAUCAAGUUAUCUAAGAAUCCGGUUAUGCAUGGAAGAAGCAAACACAUUGAUGUUAGAUUUCAUUUCCUCGGAGAUCUAACAAAAGAUGGGGUUGUUAAGCUGGAGCAUUGUGGUUCUAAAGAUCAACUAGCUGAUAUUAUGACUAAGCCUUUAAGACUUAAAGUGUUCGUCAGAUUAAGGGAGCUACUUGGAGUUAGCAGUAAACUGACUGCAAAUUGCAUAUCAGUUUAA